AUGCAGGGGCCGCUAUACGAGUUGGCGGAGGAGAGCAUAUGGCUGAGUGAUGCAAAUGCAAAGGUGGAGUCGUGGGCUGCUUUGGUCUCUGAACUGGAUGACUUCAGGCUGGGAAGCAUAGGAGCAUCGUCCAUGAUGGUAUCUGACAUAAGCUUGCUUGAUGUUUUCGUUCAAAUUGAGAAGUUGGAAUCAGGAUUGGUUUUGCACAUUGACCAGAUUAUACUGUGCAUCAUAUAUGGAGUUGCAAAGAUAUCUAAACUGGCAUUUACAUUUAAGAAGCAACAGAAAACAACCUCAUUGCAAACCACAGGUUUUCCGUUUCCUUUCUUCGGAAAGAAGUACCAACUCAAAUUUGCAAAUGAAGCGAUGUCUGGGAAUCAUUGCUUGGUCCACUUUCCCAGCCUUACGAGAUUAGCAAGGGAGGCUGGACUUGAAUAUGUGGAGAUCCAGAAUUUGACUGAGUUCUAUGAUGACAACAGAACACAGUUUGCUCCAAUGCUUGGUAAUUGUGGUGCCAGUUUGGUGGAUCCUCGUGGAAAGCUUGUUGCUCGCUCAUACGAUAUUUUAGGCUUGUAUUCUACUUUUGUAUUCCAGAAGCCUGACCCAGAUGCAAUACCACCUAUUGUAACACCUGACUUGAAUGAUGCUGAUAACGCUCAUGAAGAGGAACGGCUCUGGAGGCAGCAGGCAGCAGUGGAUGAUGGGAGGCGCUCACAGCCAGAUGUCAUUCCACUUGAUCCUGAUCAGAAAGGCAUCCUGGGUCCGGGACCUGCAGAUUUGAGACUUUAGUUUGCCAGAAAUUCAGAUGUAAAUGUGAGCUUGGAGUGACUAUGCGCCCUCAGUUCCUGGUGCAUCGUAGUACUCUGUUUAUGUUGUAACCUGUCCUGGUUUACUACGUUGAUCUUA